AUGAGUGAGGAGGAAACUGUUGAUUAUUUGUUUCACAAGGCAAAGAUUGAACCUGACAUUACUGGAACUGUGUGGCAAAGACUCGAAGAGGGAAGCCCCAAAUUUGUUAAGACCUAUCAUGUGAGUCUGGCUCUAAAGGCUCAUAUAAGAAGAUAUAAUGAGUUGCUCGAGAGACAAGUUGAGCUAAUGCGUCAGACAGGCAGAGGAGUCCCUUCAUCGUCGACGAAUGGAUCUCAGAUGCAUUCAAUUCUCAAUAACUCGGAUUAUCAAGCUCAACGGCUAGUAGAAAACAUGCACCAAGCUGUUACAUUAUUACCCGGUGAUGGUGUGCUAGUUCCAGUAAACAUGUCUGUGCCAGAAAAUGUGUUAUUAACUCAAAAUUCCAUCGUGCAAGGGAUGAAUGAUGUGAUGAUUGAAUCAGACAAAGAGAACAAACUCGCGUCUAUUUCACCUUUCACUAAUAUUGGGGAUCCCAUGGAGACGAGCUCAUUUGGACAGAUGGCACACAACUUGAGUAUCUCAGAUUUCACAACUUACUUUUCCAAUGAUACAGGUGGGCUCGAGAGUUACUCUAUGCAAGUUCCGGUCAACAUGUUUGUGCCAGAAAACAUGUUAUUUACUCAAAAUUCCAUCGGGCAAGGAAUGAAUAGUGUGAUGAUGGAAUCAGAGUCACAUGGUGGCUGUACAACACAAUUGGAGAAGCGUCCGUUUCAGCUUUCACUAGUGUCUAUAAUCCCAUGGAGACGAGCUCAUUUGGACAGAUACCGCACAACUUGA